GGCCGUCUCGUCGUUGUUGGUAAUCAAGCCUACCACUGUAGUGUCGUCCGCAAACUUGAUGAUUGAGUUGGAGGCGUGCAUGGCCACGCAGUCGUGGGUGAACAGGGAGUACAGGAGAGGGCUCAGAACGCACCCUUGUGGGGCCCCAGUGUUGAGGAUCAGCGGGGUGGAGAUGUUGUUACCUACCCUCACCACCUGGGGGCGGCCCGUCAGGAAGUCCAGGACCCAGUUGCACAGGGCGGGGUCGAGACCCAGGGUCUCGAGCUUGAUGACGAGUUUGGAGGGUACUAUGGUGUUAAAUGCUGAGCUGUAGUCGAUGAACAGCAUUCUCACAUAGGCAUUCCUCUUGUCCAGAUGGGUUAGGGCAGUGUGCAGUGUGGUUGCGAUUGCGUCGUCUGUGGACCUAUUGGGUCGGUAAGCAAAUUGGAGUGGGUCUAGGGUGUCCGGUAGGGUGGAGGUGAUAUGGUCCUUGACUAGUCUCUCAAAGCACUUCAUGAUGACGGAAGUGAGUGCUACGGGGCGGUAGUCGUUUAGCUCAGUUACCUUAGCUUUCUUGGGAACAGGAACAAUGGUGGCCCUCUUGAAGCAUGUGGGAACAGCAGACUGGGAUAAGGAUUGAUUGAAUAUGUCCGUAAACACACCAGCCAGCUGGUCUGCGCAUGCUCUGAGGACGCGGCUGGGAAUGCCGUCUGGGCCUGCAGCCUUGCGAGGGUUAACACGUUUAAAUGUUUUACUCACCUCGGCUGCAGUGAAGGAGAGCCCGCAGGUUUUGGUAGCGGGCCGUGUCAGUGGCACUGUAUUGUCCUCAAAGCGGGCAAAAAAGAUAUUUAGCCUGUCUGGGAGCAAGACAUCCUGGUCCGCGACGGGGCUGGUUUUCUUUUUGUAAAGCUUCUGAUAGGCUAAUCGACAUCAUUUGAGAUGAACAAGUACGUUCAUCUCUAGGAGACAGAACGCGUCUCCUUCCUGAGCGGUAUGACUGCUGCGUGGUCCCAUGGUGUUUAUACUUGCGUACUAUUGUUUGUACAGAUGAACGUGGUAACUUCAGGCUUUUGGAAAUUGCUCCCAAGGAUGAACCAGACUUGUGGAGGUCUCCAAUUUUCUUUGAGGUGUUGGCUGAUUUCUUUUGAUUUUUCAUGAUGUCAAGCAAAGAGGCACUGAGUUUGAAGGUAGGCCUUAAAAUACUUCCACAGGUACACCUCCAAUUGACUCAAAUGAUGUCUAUUAGCCUAUCAGAAGCUUCUAAAGCCAUGACAUCAUUUUUUGGAAUUUUCCAAGCUGUUUAAAGGGACAGUCAACUUAGUGUAUGUAAACUUCUGACCCACUGGAAUUGUGAUACAGUGAAUUAUAAGUGAAAUAAUCUAUCUGUAAACAAUUGUUGGAAAAAUGACUUGUGUCAUGCACAAAGUAGAUGUCCUAACCGACGUGCCAAAACUAUAGUUUGUUUACAAGAAAUGUGUGGAGUGGUUGAAAAACGAGUUUUAAUGACUCCAAACUAAGUGUAAGUAAACUUCCGACUUCAACUGUACAUAAUAUAUACAAAAGUAUGUGGACACUUCAAAAUAGUGAAUUUGGCUAUUUCAGCCACACCCGUUGUUGACAGGUGUAUAAAAUCGAGCACACAGCCAUGUGAAAAACAUUGGCAGUAGAAUGGCCUUACUGAAGAGCUCAGUUUUAUUUUACCUUUAUUUAACUAUGCAAUUCAGUUAAGAACAAAUUCAGUGACUUUCGACAUGGCACCGUCAUAGGAUGCCACCUUUCCAACAAAGUAGUUCAUCAAGUUUCAGCUGCCAAACUGCCUCUGGAAGCAACGUCAGCACAAGAACUGUUUGUCGGGAGCUUCAUGAAAUGGGUUUCCAUGCCCGAGCGACCGUACUCAAGCCUAGUGGUGUAAAGCUCGCCACCAAUGGACUCUGGAACAGUGGAAACGCGUUCUCUGGAGUGAUAAAUCAUGCUUCACCAUCUGGCAGUCCAAUGGACGAAUCUGGGUUUGGUGGAUGCCAGGAGAACGCUACCUGCCCCAAUGCAUAGUGCCAACUGUAAAGUUUGGUGGAGGAGGAAUAAUAGUCUGGGGCAGUUUUUCAUGAUUCGGGCUAGUCCCCUUAGUUCCAUUGAAGGUAGAUCUUAACGCUACAGCAUACAAUGAUGUUCUAGACUAUUCUGCUUCCUUUUUUGUGGCAAUAGUUUGGGGAAAGCCUGUUCCUGUUUCAUCAUGACAAUGCCGCCGUGCAAAAAGCGAGGUCCAUACAGAAAUGGCUUGUCUGGAUUGGUGUGGAAGAACUUGACUGGCCUGCACACAGCCCUGACCUCAACCCCAUUGAACACCUUUGGGAUGAAUUGGAAUACCGACUGCGAGCCAGGCCUAAUCUCCCAACAUCAGUGCCCGACCUCACUAAUGCUCUUGUGGCUGAAUGGAAGCAAGUCCCUGCAGCAAUGUUCCAACAUCUAGUGAAAAGCCUUCCCAGAAGAGUGGAGGCUGUUAUAGCAGCAAAGGGGGGACUAACUCCAUAUUACUGCCCAUGAUUUUGUAAUGAGAAGUUUGACGAGCAAGGUGUCCACAUGUGUCUGAAAACAAUAGAGAGAGAGAGAAAUUAGCGUUUUCUGCAUUUUUAACACAGACUGGUAUGAGCAUAAUGCACUUACUGGGUGUGUAUGGAUAAGUGAGUGUUAAAUAAUGAUGUGUGUGUGUAUAUGAGAGAGAGGUGGUGUGUGUGAGUUCAAGGAGAGAGAGCGAGAGUGAGAUAGUGGAGUGGCGGUCGGGGUAUGCUCUGUGCAGCCAGCCAGCCUGUCAUGGGAGGGACAAGGGAGACUUGCGCUCCUGCAGCUGCUUACUGGCUGGCGUUAGAACAGGGGGAGGACUGUCUCUGCCCUGCCUGCUGCAGAGAGACAAAGAGAGAUAGAAUCCGAGUGACCGAGAGAGACAGAGAGAGACUGAGACAGAGAGAGACUGAGACAGAGAGAGACUGAGACAGAGAGAGACUGAGACAGAGAGAGACUGAGACAGAGAGAGACUGAGACAGAGAGAGACUGAGACAGAGAGAGACUGAGACAGAGAGAGACUGAGACAGAGAGAGACUGAGACAGAGAGAGACUGAGACAGAGAGAGACUGAGACAGAGAGAGACUGAGACAGAGAGAGACUGAGACAGAGAGAGACUGAGACAGAGAGAGACUGAGACAGAGAGAGACUGAGACAGAGAGAGACUGAGACAGAGAGAGACUGAGACAGAGAGAGACUGAGACAGAGAGAGACUGAGACAGAGAGAGACUGAGACAGAGAGAGACUGAGACAGAGAGAGACUGAGACUGAGACAGAGAGACUGAGACUGAGACAGAGAGACUGAGACUGAGACAGAGAGACUGAGACUGAGACAGAGAGACUGAGACUGAGACAGAGAGACUGAGACUGAGACAGAGAGACUGAGACUGAGACAGAGAGACUGAGACUGAGACAGAGAGACUGAGACUGAGACAGAGAGACUGAGACUGAGACAGAGAGACUGAGACUGAGACAGAGAGACUGAGACAGAGAGACUGAGACAGAGAGACUGAGACAGAGAGACUGAGACAGAGAGACUGAGACAGAGAGACUGAGACAGAGAGACUGAGACAGAGAGACUGAGACAGAGAGACUGAGACAGAGAGACUGAGACAGAGAGACUGAGACAGAGAGACUGAGACAGAGAGACUGAGACAGAGAGACUGAGACAGAGAGACUGAGACAGAGAGACUGAGACAGAGAGACUGAGACAGAGAGACUGAGACAGAGAGACUGAGACAGAGAGACUGAGACAGAGAGACUGAGACAGAGAGACUGAGACAGAGAGACUGAGACAGAGAGACUGAGACAGAGAGACUGAGACAGAGACACUGAGACAGAGACACUGAGACUGAGAGACUGAGACUGAGAGACUGAGACUGAGAGACUGAGACUGAGACACUGAGACUGAGACAGAGAGACUGAGACUGAGACAGAGAGACUGAGACUGAGACAGAGAGACUGAGACUGAGACAGAGAGACUGAGACAGAGAGACUGAGACUGAGACAGAGAGACUGAGACUGAGACAGAGAGACUGAGACUGAGACAGAGAGACUGAGCGAGAGACAGAGAGACUGAGCGAGAGACAGAGAGACUGAGCGAGAGAGAGAGAGACUGAGCGAGAGAGAGAGAGACUGAGCGAGAGAGAGAGAGACUGAGAGAGAGAGAGAGAGACUGAGCGAGAGAGACAGAGUGAGAGAGAGAGACAGAGUGAGAGAGAGAGACAGAGUGAGCGAGAGAGACAGAGUGAGCGAGAGAGACAGAGUGAGCGAGAGAGACAGAGUGAGCGAGAGAGACAGAGUGAGCGAGAGAGACAGACUGAGCGAGAGAGACAGACUGAGCGAGAGAGACAGACUGAGAGACCGAGUGAGUGAGUGAGUGAGAGACCGACUGAGAGACCGAGUGAGUGAGUGAGUGAGAGACCGACUGAGAGACCGAGUGAGUGAGUGAGUGAGAGACCGACUGAGAGACCGAGUGAGUGAGUGAGUGAGAGACCGACUGAGAGACCGAGUGAGUGAGUGAGUGAGAGACCGACUGAGAGACCGAGUGAGUGAGUGAGAGACCGAGUGAGUGAGUGAGAGACCGAGUGAGUGAGUGAGAGACCGAGUGAGUGAGUGAGUGAGUGAGUGAGUGAGUGAGUGAGAGUGAGACUGAGUGAGACUGAGUGAGUGAGAGUGAGUGAGAGUGAGCGAGUGAGAGUGAGCGAGUGAGUGAGUGAGAGUGAGCGAGUGAGAGUGAGCGAGUGAGAGUGAGCGAGAGACUGAGCGAGUGAGAGUGAGCGAGAGACUGAGUGAGCGAGAGAGACAGAGUGAGCGAGAGACCGAGUGAGAGAGACCGACUGAGAGACAGAGUGAGCGAGAGACCGAGUGAGAGAGACCGACUGAGAGACCGACUGAGAGACCGAGUGAGUGAGUGAGAGACCGAGUGAGUGAGUGAGAGACCGAGUGAGUGAGUGAGAGACCGAGUGAGUGAGUGAGAGACCGAGUGAGUGAGUGAGAGACCGAGUGAGUGAGUGAGAGACCGAGUGAGUGAGUGAGAGACAGAGUGAGUGAGUGAGAGACCGAGUGAGUGAGAGACCGAGUGAGUGAGAGACCGAGUGAGUGAGAGACCGAGUGAGUGAGAGACCGAGUGAGUGAGUGAGACCGAGUGAGUGAGUGAGACCGAGUGAGACUGAGUGAGUGAGUGAGACUGAGUGAGUGAGUGAGACUGAGUGAGUGAGUGAGACUGAGUGAGUGAGUGAGACUGAGUGAGUGAGUGAGACUGAGUGAGUGAGUGAGACUGAGUGAGUGAGUGAGACUGAGUGAGUGAGAGAGACUGAGUGAGUGAGAGAGACUGAGUGAGAGAGUGAGACUGAGUGAGAGAGUGAGACUGAGUGAGUGAGAGAGACUGAGUGAGAGAGACUGAGUGAGAGAGACUGAGUGAGAGAGACUGAGUGAGAGAGACUGAGUGAGUGAGUGAGAGAGACUGAGUGAGUGAGUGAGAGAGACUGAGUGAGUGAGUGAGAGAGACUGAGUGAGUGAGUGAGAGAGACUGAGUGAGUGAGUGAGAGAGACUGAGUGAGUGAGUGAGAGAGACUGAGUGAGAGAGACGUGAGAGAGACUGAGUGAGUGAGUGAGAGAGACUGAGUGAGUGAGUGAGAGAGACUGAGUGAGGGAGACUGAGUGAGUGAGAGAGAGAGACUGAGUGAGAGACGUGAGUGAGUGAGAGAGACGUGAGUGAGUGAGAGAGACGUGAGUGAGGGAGUCUGAGUGAGUGAGAGAGAGAGACUGAGUGAGUGAGUGAGAGAGAGAGACGUGAGUGAGUGAGAGAGAGAGAGACUGAGUGAGUGAGAGAGACUGAGUGAGAGAGACUGAGAGAGACUGAGUGAGUGAGUGAGAGAGACUGAGUGAGUGAGUGAGUGAGAGAGACUGAGUGAGUGAGUGAGUGAGUGAGUGAGAGAGACUGAGUGAGUGAGUGAGUGAGUGAGAGAGACUGAGUGAGUGAGUGAGAGAGAGAGACAGUGAGUGAGUGAGAGAGAGAGACUGAGUGAGUGAGACUGAGUGAGUGAGUGAGUGAGAGAGACUGAGUGAGUGAGUGAGUGAGAGAGACUGAGUGAGUGAGUGAGAGAGACUGAGUGAGUGAGUGAGACUGAGUGAGUGAGAGAGACUGAGUGAGUGAGUGAGAGAGACUGAGUGAGUGAGUGAGGAAGAGACUGAGUGAGUGAGUGAGAGAGAGAGACUGAGUGAGUGAGACUGAGUGAGUGAGAGAGAUUGAGUGAGUGAGUGAGAGAGACUGAGUGAGUGAGUGAGAGAGACUGAGUGAGUGAGUGAGAGAGACUGAGUGAGUGAGUGAGAGAGACGUGAGUGAGUGAGAGAGACGUGAGUGAGUGAGAGAGACGUGAGUGAGUGAGAGAGACGUGAGUGAGUGAGAGAGACGUGAGUGAGUGAGUGAGACGUGAGUGAGUGAGUGAGUGAGUGAGACGUGAGUGAGUGAGACGUGAGUGAGUGAGUGAGAGAGACGUGAGUGAGAGAGACGUGAGUGAGUGAGUGAGUGAGAGAGACGUGAGUGAGUGAGUGAGAGAGACUGAGUGAGACCGGGUGAGUGAGACCGAGUGAGUGAGUGAGACCGAGUGAGUGAGUGAGACCGAGUGAGUGAGUGAGACCGAGUGAGUGAGACCGAGUGAGUGAGUGAGACCGAGUGAGUGAGUGAGACCGAGUGAGUGAGUGAGACCGAGUGAGUGAGUGAGACCGAGUGAGUGAGUGAGACCGAGUGAGUGAGUGAGACCGAGUGAGUGAGUGAGACCGAGUGAGUGAGUGAGACCGAGUGAGUGAGUGAGACCGAGUGAGUGAGUGAGACCGAGUGAGUGAGUGAGACCGAGUGAGUGAGACCGAGUGAGUGAGUGAGACCGAGUGAGUGAGUGAGUGAGUGAGACCGAGUGAGUGAGUGAGUGAGUGAGACCGAGUGAGUGAGUGAGUGAGACCGAGUGAGUGAGUGAGUGAGUGAGUGAGAGAGACCGAGUGAGUGAGUGAGAGAGACCGAGUGAGUGAGUGAGAGAGACCGAGUGAGUGAGUGAGAGAGACCGAGUGAGUGAGUGAGAGAGACCGAGUGAGAGAGACCGAGUGAGAGAGACCGAGUGAGUGAGUGAGAGAGACACCGAGUGAGAGAGACACCGAGUGAGAGAGACACCGAGUGAGAGAGACACCGAGUGAGAGAGACACCGAGUGAGAGAGACACCGAGUGAGAGAGACACCGAGUGAGAGAGACACCGAGUGAGAGAGACACCGAGUGAGAGAGACACCGAGUGAGAGAGACACCGAGUGAGAGAGACACCGAGUGAGAGAGACACCGAGUGAGUGAGACACCGAGUGAGUGAGACACCGAGUGAGUGAGAGAGACACCGAGUGAGUGAGAGAGACACCGAGUGAGUGAGAGAGACACCGAGUGAGUGAGAGAGACACCGAGUGAGUGAGAGAGACACCGAGUGAGUGAGAGAGACACCGAGUGAGUGAGAGAGACACCGAGUGAGUGAGAGAGACACCGAGUGAGUGAGAGAGACACCGAGUGAGUGAGAGAGACACCGAGUGAGUGAGAGAGACACCGAGUGAGUGAGAGAGACACCGAGUGAGUGAGAGAGACACCGAGUGAGUGAGAGAGACACCGAGUGAGUGAGUGAGAGAGACACCGAGUGAGUGAGUGAGAGAGACACCGAGUGAGUGAGUGAGAGAGAGACCGAGUGAGUGAGUGAGAGAGAGACCGAGUGAGUGAGUGAGAGAGAGACCGAGUGAGUGAGUGAGAGAGAGACCGAGUGAGUGAGUGAGAGAGAGACCGAGUGAGUGAGUGAGAGAGAGACCGAGUGAGUGAGUGAGAGAGAGACCGAGUGAGUGAGUGAGAGAGAGACCGAGUGAGUGAGUGAGAGAGAGACCGAGUGAGUGAGUGAGAGAGAGACCGAGUGAGUGAGUGAGAGAGAGACCGAGUGAGUGAGAGAGAGACCGAGUGAGUGAGAGAGACACCGAGUGAGUGAGAGAGACACCGAGUGAGUGAGAGAGACACCGAGUGAGUGAGAGAGACACCGAGUGAGUGAGAGAGACACCGAGUGAGUGAGAGAGACACCGAGUGAGUGAGAUAGAGACACCGAGUGAGUGAGAUAGAGACACCGAGUGAGUGAGAUAGAGACACCGAGUGAGUGAGAGAGACACCGAGUGAGUGAGAGAGACACCGAGUGAGUGAGAGAGACACCGAGUGAGUGAGAGAGACACCGAGUGAGUGAGAGAGACACCGAGUGAGUGAGAGAGACACCGAGUGAGUGAGAGAGACACCGAGUGAGUGAGAGAGACACCGAGUGAGUGAGAGAGACACCGAGUGAGUGAGAGAGACACCGAGUGAGUGAGAGAGAGACCGAGUGAGUGAGUGAGACACCGAGUGAGUGAGAGAGAGACCGAGUGAGUGAGAGAGAGACCGAGUGAGUGAGUGAGAGACCGAGUGAGUGAGUGAGAGACCGAGUGAGUGAGUGAGAGACCGAGUGAGUGAGUGAGAGACCGAGUGAGUGAGUGAGAGACCGAGUGAGUGAGUGAGAGACCGAGCGAGUGAGUGAGAGACCGAGCGAGUGAGUGAGAGACCGAGCGAGUGAGUGAGAGACCGAGCGAGUGAGUGAGAGACCGAGCGAGUGAGACCGAGCGAGAGAGACCGAGCGAGAGAGACCGACUGAGAGACCGAGUGAGCGAUCGAGACCGAGUGAGCGAGCGAGACCGAGUGAGCGAGCGAGACCGAGUGAGCGAGCGAGACCGAGUGAGCGAGAGAGCGAGACCGAGUGAGCGAGAGAGCGAGACCGAGUGAGCGAGAGAGCGAGACCGAGUGAGCGAGCGAGACCGAGUGAGCGAGCGAGCGAGACCGAGUGAGCGAGCGAGCGAGACCGAGUGAGCGAGCGAGCGAGACCGAGUGAGCGAGCGAGCGAGACCGAGUGAGCGAGCGAGCGAGACCGAGUGAGCGAGCGAGCGAGACCGAGUGAGCGAGCGAGCGAGACCGAGUGAGCGAGCGAGCGAGACCGAGUGAGCGAGCGAGCGAGACCGAGUGAGCGAGAGAGAGAGACCGAGUGAGCGAGAGAGACCGAGUGAGCGAGAGAGAGAGACCGAGUGAACGAGAGAGAGAGACCGAGUGAACGAGAGAGAGAGACCGAGUGAGUGAUAGAGACGGAGUCAGAGAGAUGGUCUCAUUCACUCACGGAGACAGAGACCGCGAGACAGAGACCGCGAGACAGAGACCGCGAGACAGAGACCGCGAGACAGAGACCGCGAGACAGAGACCGCGAGACAGAGACCGCGAGACAGAGACCGCGAGAGAGAGAGCGAAAGAGAGAGAGCGAAAGAGAGAGAGACAGAGCCCAAAGGAGAGAGAGACAGAGCGAGAGAAACAAGGCUGAAUCAACUCCACAGAAGAGAGAGAGACUGGGUUUCUGCAUCGGUAUGCCUGCUCCUGCUCUCUCAUUUCCACCAUAUGCCGCUGCUGCCUCUCUGAGGAGACCUGGACUCUGUUUAAAAUGCCAAUCACCUGCUUGAGGCUACUCCUUCAUCCUCAAUCAUUUACAUUUAACAUUUAUACUCUCUGUUCCCGGCGUGAGAGAGACCGGGAGAGCCUGAGUGAGAAGAGUGGAUGAGAAUUUCCUUGCUUCUCUCCUUUCUGCUGAAGUUCCUGCGGAGAUUAGAAGAGCGGGUGAUUUCGACUCUUUGGACACUAUCCGUCUGAGCUGUCCGUGUUCGGAGGAAAAGACUGAAGGAGAGGACGCAACAUUCUCUGGAAACAUCGGACUCUAUAUCACCUGAGAUAUUUGGGAACACGUGACUGCAUUUUUACGAGACAAACCGGUAUUAUAGUAAGCAAAGAUGAUGAAACUUGUUUGACCUUUUUAUAUAUGUUUUCACCCUGCUCUUCAUGCAGCAGGCACACAGCGCUGCACGUGUUGGCUGUGUCUUUUCUGAGGAGAGAACGAGAAGUAGGAUGAGAGCCUGCCAGAGUAUUUGUCCUCUGCUAUCUGUGUCCUUCUCUGUGUGACUCCUCUGUGUCUGUGCAGUGAGGGGUGCCCUGGGAGACUCCCUAGUCCCUGAUCGUGGGCGAGGACUAGUCCUCACAUUGCUGCUGACAUGGCAGAGGGAACACAGCUCCUCUCUUCGGGGCACCGACCUGGUCUGCUGCUGAGCUAGGACUUGGACCAGCCAUUGACCAUCCCCAGCCAAGUUCCAGUCCUCUGUCUCUGGAUCUGGUUUCAGACCAGGGGCUUUCAGAAGGCUCACUGGCUGCAAGAUGAACUAUUCUUUGGACCUGCUGGACCUUGAGCUCCUGAACCAGAGCGGCUCUCCUUUCUGCCUCCUAGACAUGGGCUACUCCCAGAUCUUCAACACCUGUCUUUUAGAGGUGGCCAUCAUCUUGCUCCUCACAGUUCUCAUCAUCUCUGGCAACCUGGUGGUGAUCUUUGUCUUCCACUGUGCUCCACUGCUCCACCACCACACCACCAGCGCCUUCAUCCAGACCAUGGCCUACGCAGACUUGUUAGUUGGGGUCAGCUGCCUCAUCCCUUCCCUCUCCCUCCUCCACCACCUGAAAGGCCUGGAUGAAGAGCUCACCUGUAAGGUGUUUGGUUACAUGGUUUCCGUGUUGAAGAGCGUUUCCAUGGCGUCACUGGCGUGCGUUAGCGUGGACCGCUACAUGGCGAUAACGCGGCCGCUGUCGUAUGCUACACUGGUGACACCGUGCCGGAUCCGCGUGUGCAUCCUCCUCAUCUGGCUCUACUCCGCCCUCGUCUUCCUGCCCUCCUUCUUCGGCUGGGGGAAGCCUGGCUACCACGGCGACGUGGUGGAGUGGUGCGCCAUGGAGUGGGGGACAAAGCCGCUCUUCACGUCGUUCAUCGUGGCGCUGCUCUACGUGCCGGCCGCCAUGACGGUCUGCUUCACCUACGCCAACAUCUUCCGUAUCUGCCGGCAACACACGAAGGAGAUCAGCGAGCGCCGCGCCCGCUUCAGCACGCAGGAGAGCUCUCUGGGACAGGACGGCCAGCCGCAGCACGCGCCGGCGUGCACGGACAAACGCUACGCCAUGGUGCUGUUUCGGAUCACCAGCGUUUUCUAUCUCCUCUGGCUUCCCUACAUCCUGUACUUCCUGCUGGAGAGCGCUGGGAUCUACCGUCACCCCGUCGCCUCGUUCCUCACCACCUGGCUGGCUAUCAGCAACAGCUUCUGUAACUGUCUGAUCUAUAGUCUAACCAACAGUGCCUUCCGGAAGGGUUUAAAACGGCUCUGUUCAUUCUGCGUGCAGCGUGUGGACAGUAAGAAUCCUUUUGGCCCUGGGCCGGGGCACGGACAGGGGCCAGUCUGCACACGCUCCACAUGCCAUGUGUAGGACCUCCCAGAGACCCGUGUGACGGUCGAGUCAGUGGGUCGUGUUGCUAAAGCACUAAGUGUGUCCCAUGUUGAUGCUGGGCUAAGGGGAACAGGCUUCACAGGAAGUUGUGUUGCUACGGUUGUUUCCAGACAGUUGGAUGUUUGCGUUCCUGGCCACAGCUGGCUCUGACAGGAUCGGCUCCAGGACCUGAGCGCUUUGAGCCCCGCGUGGGAAGUACAGCCCAGCCUCUGCCAUGAGAGAGGUAGAACAUGGAGGGGGAGUGAGAGUCAGAAUAAGGAUGUGGAAUUACAUGACCCUAACCUUUGACUCCAGUUACGGAUGACAGAGCUAUGGCUACGUUGUUUCAGCGUUUUGCCGUGGAUGGAGUGUUAGUUGAUUGAACACCUCCCUUCUGACAGUACUUGCCAAAAACACAAACUGUAAGAACACAAGAACACAUGUUCUUAUGGGAGAAAUAUGUUUGAGACUGUGUAUCUUCCUAGCAGUUUGUGAAACAAUGUGUAUUUGUGCCAUGACUACGGUGUAUUAAAUGCAACAAAGUACUCACAUAAUUUAAAAAACUGAAAAACACUUUAAUACUGAGCUAAGGGGAGCUGUCAAUAACUUAUUUAAAUGUUUUCCCUUGUGGUUUUUAUUUAAACACGGAAACUGAAUAUUUACAAUAUUGUGCUCUGAAGGGUGAAGCAAGCUCAGACUCUGAAGAGAAGCAAGUUACUUCAUAAUUAAUUUAUAUCUGGGCUGUUCUGAGGCAGAGGUACGGGCAGAGAAAGGGAGGACCACUUUGUUUAGAGGUUUAAACACCAGGACUAGUUUACUAGCGAGGGAUCAGAGUAAUCAUUGACUGGAUGACUUUUGUUUCAACAAGCUUCCUUAUCAUCAGAGCCUGUCUGACUCUGUAACCAAAGUACAUUGCAGGCAUUACGUUCCAGUUCACUUAUGAGGAGAAUGUGGUCGCUGUGUCAAAGCAGAAGAUUGAUUGAAAAUUGAUUGUUUAAGUUUCAGAGUAGUUUAUCAUCUCCAAAUGCGUUGCCCCUUUGUCUGUUGCAUCCGGUAUUAACAAGCCAAUACCAGCUGGCCUGAUUAGUGACCUUUACUGUCUUCAUUAUCUAAGAUUUUUCCGAUGAGACUUUCUGAAAGAAUGAGCGAACAUCCACAUCUGAUUUUAUUUUCGAUGUCAAAUUUUAUUUUCCAAUUAUCUCUUUACUCAACGUGGUCUCAGGGCAAUUCGUAUUAUUCUGUACAUAGAUCUGUGACACUUCUUUUUAGUAUGAUAUAUUACGUUACAUUAUGAAUGCAAUUGCGGUUGUACAAUGUCAUAUGAUUAUAGGAUAUGGUCUAUAGUAUCAUUCGUCUUACCCGGUCGCACAAUUGCAUACGAAUUGGAUGAAUUAACUUCUUCGGGACGUAUAGUAUUAUACGUCUAUCUCUGAGGCCAUGUUGCCUGUUGCGCCAUAACAACAAAGGAGAAUGAUGAGAAUAAUUUACUUUGGUGGUUAGGCGACAACAAUUGCGUCAAGUUGGAAGUAAAGAAAGUUAAUACCAGCCUAAAAUACGAUUUUAAUGUGUGCACGAUGCAUUUUUUGUUAUUAUUUGUGAAUUUAUGUUUGAUAGUAUGUGCUUGUUUCUGUGCAUCGACGUCUCUGCAAUGCUCUCCCUGUCGUGGAAAAUAGACUCAAGCGAUCCCCGCUUCGCGGACGUGCUGCUUUUUCAUGUUGUAUAUAGCAUGUCUCCUACAUCAUCGUGAGUUGUUAAACUGCGACUCGCGUUAACGGUGACGUGACGGCGUUAUAGUUUGGCCAUGGGUUAAUGACAGUGAAUGUUGAUGGUGAAUGUUGAGAAAGCUGUGAGCUUCUGUUAGCUGAGGAACAUCUGCCCCUGGCCAAGUGUCGUAAAGUAUUGUCUGUAUAGUAAUGCAGCCCUACAAUUGGCACCCUAUUCACUAUAUACCCAAUAGGGCUCUGGUCAAAAGUAGUGUACUAGAUAGGGAAUAGGGUGCCAUUCGGGAUGUAACCUGUAACACAGGAACCUGUAACACAGGAACCUGUAGGGCUGCAUUACUAUACAGUACAAUGAAACCGAUAGAAAUGAUGAUCUCUAUGUUCAACUGUUUUUGGUCCAAUGUUACUAGAUAUUUAUUAGACCUUUCACAGGCUUUGGCCUCUUGAAACUUUUCUCUCUCUUUUUAUGGUAGCCUACUCCUCCAUUUGGGAGCCAAAUAUACAAUAUAAUUAGUAGCUUUAUUUUCUUAGUUGACCAAAGUUGAAUGUGUGUUAGAUGUUAUAUAUUUCAAAAAGAACGAGACGGAAUGGGAGAUGUAGAGAGAAAUAACGUGUAAUAUAGGGGGAUUUUUUUAAAUGGAAGUUUCCAUGUUAGGAAUUUUGCAGUGAUGACGGUAUGGACAGACAUUGAGUUGGACUACUGUAUUGUUAGGCUGCCUCUGCAAUGAAUACAGUGCUGUUCAUCUUUAUGUAGGCUAAAGGUCCAUGUUACAUUUCAAAUGUGUACAUAGUCUUAUGCAUGUUUUGCCUACUGUAUAUAUUUGAUGAGGUGAUUCGAAUAAGAAAGCUCACAAUUCAAAUAUCGUCAAACUACAAACACUUUUGGAGACUGCCUUCGCGCAGUCAAAGGGCACAGUGCAAUACGUUCAUCGUUCCUCCAUUUUGUCCGUUUUACUGAAGAACGACAACACGUAGGCCUAUCAGACACAAUAAAUGCAUUUAAAAAAAAUAUAUAUAUAUCUACAUUUUACCACCGGUUAUUGAAACAAUAGAUCUGUUUCUCUCUAUUGACCAUGUGAUGUUCCUGAACUGUUAGUGAUAUCCUGGUAAUAAUAGUGUUUCUGCCAGAGUCAUCACACGCUGUUCACCGCUUUAUUACUUUCACAUGACUUUCUCCGUGACUCUUCUGCCCUUUGGGGAUGUGUGUGUGUGUGUGGGUGCUUUGUAUGCUACUAUGUUUGAUGUGCGAAUGCAUAGGUUUUUUUGUUAAUGUUUGGGUCUUUUUUAGUCUGUUGGAUACUGACAGGCGGCUCGGUUCUCUCAAAACAAAUAUUUGCUCACGGAAGUAUGCCAAAUAUUGAUUGGGUUUCCUACUGUUGUACUUUCGAACAGCCUCUUUUUUUUCAGAUACUGACCACUUAGUAUUCCGUUGAGGUGGAUUUCUACUUCUUAAACAAUUCCUUACAUUUGUAUACCAUUUUCCAUGCUUUCAGGUUAAUGGAUUUACUAAUAUUGUUGUGUAUUUAAAAGAGAAUUCAGGUGUUCUUCUUUUGAGGAAGAUAUGAGUUCAACAUUUGACAGUAUCUCCAUCUAGGUGUCAGUUUAGUUGAACUCUAUUCAAUCCAGCAGUCAGUUGACGGUACUUUAGAAAGGGGCAAAACUGGGGGAAAGGUUUCUUGCUUUGCUAUUUUGCUGAUGUACGUUUUUGGGGACAUUUCAAUGCCAAAGAACCACGGCAAGUCCCUUUUCUUUUUCCUGUGGGAAAACAUCAAAGUGCUAGGGCUAGUGAUCCCGGGGACUCAAACUCCCACAAUGACCUGCUCUCGACAGUGCCAUAUUAGGAUGUUGUGAGACCUGAUAUGAUGCUGGAAACGUCCAUGCCAAAUCUGGGACAGUUUUGUGGCCCAAGCUUUACUAGAGGAAUACACACCCACGCACACAGGGUGCACACACACACACACACACACACACACACACACACACACACACACACACACACACACACACACACACACACACACACACACACACACACACACACACACACACACACACACACACACACACACACACACACACACACACACACACACACACACACACACACACUGUUUUCCCUUCUGUUAGCCAACAUGUCCUUAUUGAAUUUUCUCAUAUGUAUUUUCUUAGUGCUCUAAAUUGUCAGGCCAGGCUCUCUUAAUGGCUAGCUCAUGACCCGGCUGUUUUAAGUGGCUCAGCUCUUUAUCAGAUUAAGAGGAGACAAGACACAUUAACAAGAAGGCCGUUUGGCUGGAAAUGUCCCAAAACAUGGUUGAAAAUGUGACUUAAAAAAAAAAAAAGGUGAUGUUUAACAUUGGUUGAACUCUAUUCAAUGUUUCGAUUAUUCAUCGCAAAUGCUGGGUAAACUGAAUGCUGUGGGGCUUAAACAUAAUCAUGUUCUCCGUGUUAUUUAAGGCUAGUUAACUAACUCAGUACCAUGAGCCUUGUAGUGAUGUCAUGUUGUAGAGUUGUCUGGAGAUAUUUCUAUUCUGGUGUAUUAUUCUGCACUGAGCAAAUAAAUGUGAUCUUAUCUAAAGGAA